AUAUUCUGUGCCCAGGGUUUAUUUUAAACCCUGUAUCUAUUCCAUAUUGGGUAGCAGUCAGCAUUUUUGGCUACAAUACAGGCUGCAGGAAAGGCGAAGUACUGGGGCAGUACUUGAAAUCCGAUUUUUGGUAACGGAGCUCCAAAUCAUUACAGCUUUCACCCAGAAAUUUGUCUCACGCCGGAAAAAAGCAACUUUCAGGGUCUGAGCUAUGCCUGGAUUCUCAAGCCUGACUCGUAGAACAAAGAACAUGGUUGUGGCAGGAGGUUUAACAGGCUUUGUUGCAGGUGUGUAUAUUUACACAAUGCGGGCAGUUGGAGGCACUGAUGAAUUGCAGGUUGCUAUUGACACUUUUGAAAAGCAGGAGAGGCAGAAAGAUUCUUUAGCUACAGCUGUAGAAUCAACGCGAUCCUGAAAAUGUAUUUCCAAACAUUUGAUGCAAUCUCAAUGUUUAAGAUUGCUUGUCAAGUGAGAUUAUUCUUGCAAUGGUUAACUAAUUUAUAAUAAAAAUGAAACAGUGUAUAUUUUAAAAUACAUGAGUAUUUGGAAAUUGUUUUUUUUCUUAUUUGGAGAGAGAAAUUGUCUUUGCGUAUAGUUGUAGAAUCAACAUGAACGUGAACAUGAACAUGAUCUUAAUGAUAAAUAUAGCAUGUAAUGUUUUAUCAAUCAGAAGGGUAUAUUUCCCCUGCCAAACUUGUUAUUA